AUGGAAGAUAUUUUGGGAUUUGGUGAUUUGAUCGAGAGCAGGCCAGUAGAGCAUAUGGGUCAAAGCGACUUGACAUUCAAUGGAAUGCUUGUACCAGGGUUAAAAAUCUACGAGGAUGGUGGUGAAAGUGGCUGUGGAGGUAAAGUCUGGAUUGCCGGUGAGCUUCUUUGUGAAUUUAUACUGGAAAAGUCCAGAGACGGUGAACUACUGAAGGACUGGAUAAACGAUGACUCAGUAUCAUUUGGUAAUGUCUUGGAGCUUGGUAGCGGAACUGGACUAGUUGGACUGUGUGUCGGUUUGGUGACGAAAAAACAAAGCCAGCGAAUGGUGAAAACCUACAUCACCGACAUUGACCAGUUGGUACCGUUGAUGGAGAAGAAUGUCGAGUUAAAUCUAAUCGAUCAACAAGUUUUUGCAAAAGAAUUGUUAUGGGGAGAAGCAUUGCCAAUUGAAUUUGCCCCAGUAAAAACUGGACAUGCGACCACUAGUUCUCUUGAUUUGGUCCUUGCUGCUGAUUGUGUGUACUUGGAGAAAGCCUUCCCUCUACUAGAAAAAACAUUACUUGACUUGACAGAGUGUGAUAACCCACCAGUGAUCCUAAUGGCUUACAGGAAAAGAAGAAAAGCUGAUAAGCAUUUCUUUCAAAAGAUCAGAAAGAACUUUAAUGUUAUAGUCAUCAAUGAUUUUAAAAACUACGACCAAUAUCUGAAACAAAGAACACAUCUGUUCCAAUUGGUUCGUAAAUAG